AUGGUCCUAGAUAUCAUAUAUGCUUUGACAUCCGCAGUUAUAACGACGUGUUUUCUGACAGUCCUUUUCGUGUUUUCACUAUGGCAUAAUCUAGUCGCAGCGCAUUUCAAGCCCAGGGAUCCGCGCGACACUCGGAGCUCAAGUACUGGUAUCAAGCCCGGAAAACGAACAAGAAAUUCAUCUGCUGCUUCAGGAACUCCUUUGGCACUCGACACUGACCAUUUGAACAACAUAAAUUUUGAUCAUCUUAUUUCCAGUCCGCAGACAAAUGUAGAGCAAUCCGAAGACGGUCAGUGGGAUCGGAACAAACAGGAGAAUCCAUUUGGGGACCUACUUUACGCUGAAGAUACGAAGCUAGUGCCUGAUCUGAAACAUUAUUACUCACAAUAUGGCAUUUUAGUCGAGGAAUAUGAGGUAGAGACGGAGGAUGGAUUUAUCUUGGAACUUUGGCAUUUCACGCCUGCAGAUACAAAACGUGUUUCUGGCAGCAAAAAGCAUCCAAUGCUUUUGCUUCACGGUCUCUUGCAAAGUUCUGGGUCGUUUGCGUCAGCAGGGCGGAAAUCUCUAGCCUAUUUUUUUUAUGAAUCAGGCUUCGAUGUCUGGUUGGGAAACAACAGGUGCGGAUUCAAACCCAAGUGGAAUAGAAAUAAGGUGAGGAAUGAUUCGAAGUGGAAUUGGGACAUGAGGGACAUGGUGAAAUAUGACUUGCGCGCUCUAGUCACUGCUGUACUAGAAAAAACAGUCAAGUCGAAGCUGACGCUUGUGGCACAUUCUCAAGGCACCACCCAGGGACUCAUGGGUCUCGCAAACGGCGAGACAAUAUACGAAGAUGACUUCCGACUCGUUGACAAAGUGGAGAACUUUGUCGCUUUGGCUCCGGCUAUGUAUCCUGGACCAUUGUUGCAGGAAAGAUUGUUUGUAAGGUUCAUGUCCAGGUUUAUUGCCUCGCCGGUAUUUUUCGGAAAGCGAUCUUUCAUGCCGCAGAUGAUGAUGAUGCGGUCGCUUAUGGUUGGAACCAAGCUGUUUUCGUUCCUAUCUUACGUUAUGUUUAACUAUCUGUUCGAUUGGAACGACACGCUGUGGGACAAGUCUUUAAGAAACCGUCACUUUUUGUUCUCCCCAGUCAACAUCUCGGUUAAAUUGAUGGAGUGGUGGCUGAGCCAAGACAUUCGAAAGAAAACAUUUAAAACUUACGGCAACGACAUUUUUCCAGAUGCCAUGACAUGGUUUCCAAUUGAGGGCGAAUUUUCCAGACAAAAAAUUCCUUGUCACACUAACAGUAAAGUGAGCUCCGCAGACCAGUAUCCUUAUAUCCUCCUGUUUGUCCCCAAGCAAGACCGAUUGGUAGACGGCGAACGUCUCAUCAAUCACUUUGCCGAUUACGAACCACAAGAGCUCUACAAAUGCUGGUAUAUUGACGAAUACUCACAUCUCGAUGUUCUGUGGGCCCAUGAUGUGAUAGAUCGAAUUGGAAGGCCUGUGUUGGAUAACAUUCGUGUCGCUGACGAUGCGAUGUGA